CCAUAUCAAUGAACACUAACAUUUUGUGUUAUAUAUUUUCAAUUGAUUGCUGUAUAUAAAGUUUUUUAAAAUGGACUUAAAUACAUAUACGAAACUUUGUCUAGUCAAAUAAUUACAUUUAGCGCGGCAGGUUCUUUUUGCACAAAAUGUUGACAACUUUUAUGACUUAUUGAAACCGGUGAUCCCAGUCGCCAGGUUGUGCCAUAGGUAUGGUUGUUGCUGACGAUGACAGUCAUGGGCAGGUCAGAAAGCGACCUCGUCUCUCACUCAAAGGGAAGGGGAAGAGUGCCAGUUCUGCUGCAGCUGCUGUUGAUGACUCGCAUGGAUUUCAGGGAACCACGCCACAAGAUAUAUGUGAAAGAUCGGAGGAAGCUGAGCCAGUUCAGACGCUUGACGGCAACACCACUGAGGACCCGGUGAACCAGUCCGAAAGCUUCGCCCCUGAUGAAGGGUCAACUGUACCCCCUGUAGCGUCCCUGGAGAACUUGGGCAACACCUGCUUCCUGAACAGCGUCCUCCAGAUCCUGCGUUACACCCCGGGAUUCCUGGAUGGCCUUGGGGAGCUGUACAGGGAAAUCAUUGUGGUGGAGAAGACGAUGAAACGUCAUAAGGAGGUCACUGAAGCAGAGGAGGAGAGAGAACCACCUCUCUCACUCGAGCUGGUCAAGCAACUGUUCAAGCUGUACAAAAACAUGGAGAAGAGAGAGGAGAGAUACUGUGAGAUAGCCAGUGCAGAUGUUACCAGUAUGGCUGUCAAGCCUGACAAAGUGCUAGAUAUUAUACGAGAAUUCAACCCAAUGUUCGAGGGCAACCUGCAGCACGAUGCCCAGGAGCUGCUGAGAUGUCUGCUGUGUUACCUCGAGGAUGCUGAGAAAGAACUCCAUCAGAUUCAGACGGACCUCAUAGCUUCAAUACCCAUUAGUCUAAUGCCAGCUCAACUUGCUCCAGUCAAUCCCAUCAUGCAACGCUUCCUGGCAGCUGGGAAGAAGCAUGAAAAGCCAUCAGCAACGGUCAGUAAGCCUCCUGUUAAUGGAAGUGGUGAUGGUCCCUCAAAGGAACCCAUCAAGACCCAGCUGUUCAAUGGUGAACUAGCUGAUGAAGUGGAUGGCAUGGUAAUGACCAAUGGAGAACAUGAAAUAUGUGGCUCAAAAGUGUGUGAACUGUCAGCAGAGGGAAGUGAGGCUGUAUCAUGCAACAAGAAUCGGAAACGACGACGUUCUCGCUCAAAACCUCUACCUUCACUUAAAGCAGAAGAAUCAGCCAAAAGUGUUUCUACGUUUGACAAUUAUGCCAAAGAACAUUCUGCCAAAUCAAGUACCAAGACUCCUUCAGAAAUGAAAACAUCUGAACCUGUUAAGAAAGGAAGAAAGAGACGUUCGAACGGAAAGGAAGAAUCAACGACCAAACACGAUUGCGAGAGUGAAAGCAAAGAUAAAAGUGCUGCAGAAACCGGAGGUCACAAGAAAUCUAGACGAAGGAAGAAGGUUGAUCUGACUACAUCCACGGAGGAUGGACCUAAGAAGACCCAAUCUGAUACUGCUCAUUGUGAAGGUGAUAAAUCUCAGCCCAGUAUACUGUCCAUGUUUACUAAAUCAGGGCGUAGGCUUGGUAUGCGAGGAAGACUUGUUAAGAAAGAACCUGAAGCAGACGACACGGAAACUGUCGGUGUCAAACAGGAACCUCUAACAAUGGAGUAUGAAUCUGAUGAGAUGAAGGACGAAGAUGAAGUUUCCUUUCCGAAGCUGAAUGUUUCUCCUCGGAAGUCUGAAUCAUGUGUAAAGUCACCCUCCAAACUAAGUCAGGACUUUUCCCAAAUGACUUGUAAGUCACCAUCAAAGUCUGAUGACAAGAAUGGAUGUGUAGAUGUGAAGCAGCCUAUGUUAAAGUUACAGAAGUGUGAUCAUGUAUGUAACAGUCCUUUGAAAAGUGUGAAGGCCACAAUAGCCAUGAACAUUCUCAGCCCAGCAAAACGUCAAGUCAACUUUGAGUUAGAGGAGGAGGACUCUAAUAACCUAGAUGAUAGUGAUGAUGAAUAUUUAGGACAUCUUAAGUCAGUUCCAGUGAAACCCUUGUCUGUGAAAGUGGAAAAGUGUGACCGGGUCUGUGACAGCCCCCAGAAGUCUGUCAGUGCUCACCUGGCCAUGAAGUACCUUUCUGGCCACAAGUUACCCAAAAUGGACUUUGUCGAAAAGCUGUUUCAGGGAACGAUGAUGUUGAGAACCAGAUGCCUGGAGUGUGAGUUUUUCCGCGAGAGGAAGGAGGAGUUUCAGGAUGUCAGCGUUCCCUUGAGGCGGGAGCAGAAGUCAGACGAUGAGGAGGAGCAGGAUGAAGACUCAGAUGACGAUGACUCCUGCCUGUCUAAGCUGAUGUCUGCGUUUACUGAGGUUGAACGUCUCCGUGACGACAACAAGUACUACUGUGACAUGUGCAGAUGCUACGUUGAAGCGGAGAGGUCUCUCCACUAUGACCAGCUUCCCGAGAUCCUGACCCUGCAUCUCAAACGAUUCUCAGCAUCAUCAGGAAUGUUUGGGUGUGUCUCCAAGAUCAAUGACCAUGUAACGAUACCCUUGUCCCUGCCAUGCCUUAGGUACAAGUGCCCCAAGCCUUGCUGCCGACCAGAUCAUAGGUACAACCUCUAUGGUAUAGUGACACAUGCUGGGGUGACAAUAUCAUCUGGCCACUACCUGUCCUACGUCCGUGUCGACUCGGGCCCCGGUUCCUCUCAUCUACCUCUUGCCAACUUCAUCAAGACGGAAUGGUCUCCGGUAAAGGGAGAUAAGCAAGACAACACAGACGAUGAUAGUGAGCCCUCAACUGUGCAAUGGUUUGAGUGUGAUGAUGAAUCUAUACGCAUUCACUCAGACAAGAAUUUCCGGGAAUGCCUGACAUCCGAGAACAGUUCACUACUUGGGACACCAUAUGUCUUGUUCUACCAGCGUGUCAACUAAAUUGGUGUAAUUAUUAUAAGAGUUAUAUAUAUGAAUUCAUGAUCUUCUAAUAAACACACGAGGAAACCAUCAUCUCCAAUUAAGUAUUGUCCAUAUUUAUUAGCAAGCUCUGAAAAAUGUCAUUUGACAAACUCUUGCAAUUAUAUUUUUGUAAUGUGGUUUAUUUCCAACAUGGGGCGCACAGGUGGUCCAGUCUUCUAAGGCGUUGCGUUGUGCUGAGUUGCGUCUCUUGACCACCCCAUGAACCUAUGAUUGUGGGUUUGAAUCCCAUUAUAUUUCUAGGUUUGUCAGUACCGUACCGUGCUCAUGGGUUUCACUGAAGUGGUAAACGUCAGAGGCCUGCAACACUUCGGUCUUCCUGCUACAUCAAGCUGACAUCGCUGUUAUGUGACUGGAAUACUGUUCAAAGCAGCGUUAAAGCAAACUCACUCACUAUUCUAAAUAUUAAAAUUAUACCAAUCUGUGUGUUUACAAGAAGUUUUCUGUUUUACUAUGAUUUGAAUAAUUUAUUGUCAGAAUGUACAUAAUUCAACUGCAGGUUAGAUGAUGUGUUGUACUGUUUUAUUGUAUCUAAUGGAGGUGAUAGAUACACAUCACCCAGAGAAGUCGGAGCAUGGUAUUUUACCAGGGCCAUUUUCACAAAGUGACCUUGAAUCUCUUAUUCUUAAACAAAGACUUGCACUGGUCAGUACCAUGAUCACUUUGUGCAAGUGGGCCCAGGGUGCCGUUGUACAAAACAACCUUAGCACUAUGACUGUUGUAAGUCUAUGUUAAGGUGUGGGAGUUACGAUCACCUUACCGCUAAGAUUGCUUUGUACAACGGCAAUGUCAUUAAAAUCAGAUCUAAGUUCUUGCUGCCGCUAAACAAAGAUCUGAGGACAUCCCAUUACGGGUCAUGUCAGAUCAACAAUCUCAUGACUUUAAUGAGUGACUAUUGCUUAAUGCUGCUUCAUCAAUCCACAGUUAGCUUUCAGUGAGUCUGACUUGAGAAAACUUGCCUUAUCACGUACAGGUAUUAUUGGAUAAUACCAAUCCUAUGUCUAACAGGAUAUGUCUUGAAACAGGAUGAUACGUGAUGAAAUCUUGCCCCUUAUUAUCUCGCUGACUUAUUUUGAUAACAGUGAUGUCAUAAACAGAAUAUAGGUAACCAUUUUCAAAUUCAUUCAAGCUGGACUGACUUACUUGAUUGACAGAAAGUGGUAAAUCGAUGAUGAUAAAACAACAGUGAUUCUGCUCCAGCAUUGAUUCUCGGAUGCCAGGUAUAGUACUGUCAGAAAUGCUAGAAAGAGUGCUUAAUGCCCGUUAAAACAAGACAAAAUCUUUCGCAGGCUUUUGCUAUUGAAAUAUCGAGAAGCUACCGAUCUUCAGUAACAAGUGCAGUAUGUGUCUCAGCCCAGGAACCAGACAUGUACCUGGACAUGCUUUCCUGAACCUUGCCAUCUCAUUGCUUCCACAUUGCUUGGUCAGUCAGGCAGGUUAUAUUUUGCCACAAGACGUAUUAAUAUUUUUUUAAUGUUGUUCUUGAAGUCAGUGUGAUCCACAGCCUAAACGUGUAUCAGACUUGUAGUAGACGAUCCUUCAGAUCUAAGAAUUAAAUAAAAAAUACAGGCACCAAAGCAAAACAAAAGGUAACUUUUUGUUUCUUAUAACAUUAUUUUAUUGAAGAAAGUGUUGAUAAAGUUGUCAGUAUUCCUUCAGUAAGCCAGUCUUUUAUGAUGAACAUCUUCCAUUAAACCCAAGUGUGUCAGUGUACAUAUGACAUUGUAUGUUAUUUAAGACGUUUUCAUUUAUUAUUGAAAUGGUGUGUCUACAUAUAUAGAGUGAUGUCAGAUGUGAAGGUAUAUUGAGUGAAGGUACUGUGUACCCCGUGGGCAUCCAUACCUGUGUCCUACCUAAGGAAUGAAAAACUUGCUUGGAACAAUUGGUGAUCCUAUCAAGUCUUAAUUGAAGUUAUUUCAAAACACAUUUUUCUCCUGAAGUUCCUUCAUUUGUAUAUCAAAAUAGCAGUUAAUGGUUAUUCCCACACAAACAAUGUUGCAUUUAAACACAAGACACUAAGUACUGUGCAUCAUCUUGACAUAGAUAGGAAGUGGUCAUAAAAGUCUAUGUUAAAGUAUGGGCGUUACAAUUGUCUGAGUCCUACAAUAACUUUAUGGAACAGGCCCAGAUUAUGGAGCAUAGACUCUCUCUAGGACUAAGUACCAUGAGGGGCGGUCGGGUAGCCUAGUGGUUAAAGCGUUCGCUCGUCACGCCGAAGACCCGGGUUCGAUUCCCGACAUGGGUACAAUGUGUGAAGCCCAUUUGUGGUGUCCCCCGCCAUGAUAUUGCUGGAAAAUUGCUAAAAGCGGCGUAAAACCAAACUCACUCACUCACUAAGUACCAUGAGUAUUUGAAGGGAGACUAGGCUCUCUCGGUCAUCAGGGUAAUUAUUUGUUGCUGGUUUGCUCCAGCCUGUUGUCUCCCACCAACUCUUCUCUUCAUUCGGAUGGAUUUCAGUACCUUGGUUUCUAUCAGGGAUGCUUCAGUGUAGAUUCUUGAGAGAAGUCUCAUUUUCUCUAGAGUCGUAAUAUUCUCAAAAAUAUCCUUUUAAUCCACAUCUGUGCUAUUUUCGUUUCAUGGAUCUUAAACCUAGGUAAUUCGUAGUGAUUGGCAGCCACAUGAAAUGGGACUGCUUUAAGGUAUUGAAAUUUGUGUUUCUGAGGCAUGCUUUCCUGUACAGACAGAUUUUGCCAAGGCUUGCGAUUACGGAAUUCAUGCCAAUUUUAUCAUAAUCAUGCAUUUCCAAACGAGUAAUGCUUAAAAGAUCUCGCAGAAAAAUAAUCAAACCUGUAAUUGAAAUUUCUGUGUGUGAAAGGGGGAACCUCCCCCUCAUCAAUAAAUUUCUGGCAAUAUCUCUGCAGACAUGAAACUUUACCACAUGAAUUUACAAUUGCAUUUAUAAGGUCAAGUUCAUCUUUGAUGUGAAACAUGUUAUAUCUUACUUUCUCUUGACUAUGGUGCAAAGAUCUUUUCAUUACUGGAAAUCCUUCAAUGGAUCUAGGGAAUUCUUUUGGCACAUGUGAUGUAAAGGUCAAGGUCACAAGACUCAUCCUAUGCCUUCUUCAGGAUGGGGCCCUAGGGUACGAUCCACAAAGCUAUCGUAGCACUAGAGUAGCACUAGAGUUAUCCUUACUCCCAUACUUCAGCAGAGACUUACGACUUGGAUUGCUCUACGAUCGCUUUGUGGAACAGGGCCUGCUUUGAAAAAGGUUUGGUCAAAAUAAGAGGAUAGGGUCAGCAUUCAGGAUUUUUGUAAAACAUGGUUAUGACAUUAUCACUGCCAGUCAGUGUAACUUUGGUUAUUGUUAACUUCCAAGAUCUGGAGUAAUGUUUCUCAGACUGGAAGUACACAGUAUGUUAAGACUUUGGGGGAAAAGUCAGUGAAGAGGCUGCCUUAAUUUUUGCAAGUACUUGCAAACACCUACAGUUAAAAUUUGAAUUGCCCAAGAUACAGGUGUACAUGUUUAUUUGCAUGUAGUGUGAAGCUAUGAGUGAGGACAGCACAGAGAGUGGCUGACAUAUUCACUGGUGGUAGUUCUCAUGUUAUGGUGUCAAAACAUGACUGAUGUGAUGUCUGUUUCUCAGGUGGUUAAUAGUGCCACUAUGUUUCCCUUACCUCUUGUAGUUGAUUGUUGUACAUUUAUUGUUGUGUAUACUGAUAUAUAGAUUCACCUCAGACGCUGUAUAGGACUUAAAAACCUGUUGGAGAAUAUCUUGUUUUCAAAAGGCAAGUGUCCGAAUUGCCACUGUACAUCUUUGAACACUUUAAGUGUGAAUCACAACAAUUACAAAGCAAUAUUCUGCCAGUAAUUAUUGUGCACAAUAUGAAUAUGAAGUAAAUUAUGAAUGGUCCUAGUUUCUCUCUUGUUUGUUUUAAAGUUUUAUUAUUAAUUUCUUUUCAAUCUCGUUUUCAAAUCUGCAUGUUUGUUUCAGAAUAUUUAUGUCCAUAUUCUGAAAAGUCUUCGACGUAUUGAUUUGAAUAUUGUGAUUUCAGUUGAAGUAUUACUCUACCUCUGAACUGUAGUCAUAUUUUCUGUUGUCAAACAGAGUUUGUAUGCGAGUGGUCUUCAUGUAGUUAAGAUAUUAAUAAGAAACUUGAUAAGGGAUAUACCUUACCACAAGGAUGGAAUAAGGGAUCUAGCUUGAUUACCGGUAGAUGUUCCCGACAACUACUCUUGUUCCCAAACUGUUCCUGACUGAAGCACCCAGUGUUCAGAUGAUCGGGACAUAUCUCCAUUGUCAUUGCUGUAAGACCAGUAAAGUCUGGCUUACCAGACCGGAAAGUUGGUAUUUUCUCACGCUUGUGUUAGGGUGCAUGUAUUUUUAGGCUGGGAAGCAGGUUAACACCAUAUUCUACUCAAAAGAAGUUAAGGACCGCCUGAUUCUUUCAUAUCACUAUAGUUAAUCUGUCACAGUAUGAUAGAUUAACCAUAGUAAUGUGAAAGAAUAUGUGCUCCUUUACCUCUUUUGCGUGGUAUUUUUCUUGUAGUGAACUCGGUCAGAUAAUGAUAGGAUGAGGAUGCUGUGGGGACCGUGAAAGCUCCUCCUCUCCCCCGACGAUGUCAAGUUACUGCCAUUCAAGCUGACAGGAAUUUCCUUUGCAUGCACCCUAUCUCCUAUUUUACGAUCACUAUCUCCUGCCAUUAGUUAUAACACAGACUUGUCAGUAAAUCAUUUUUUUAAUCUGGAUACUGUGUGUACUUGUUGAAAAAGACUUCCAAUGAGAAUAAUCAGUUGGUUUGGUUUUGUAGCUUGUUUGCACAGUUUCAGAAUAUUAGCAAUAAAUAAGGCUAUUCAGUGUGUGACCUUAUAAAUAUGCAACAGUUGCCAGUAUUCAGUAUUAUCACAACCAGCUUUGCUCAGUCAAUGUCUCCUUAUCUGAUCAUUUUUUUAUAAUUGUUCGGUCUGUUUUAAUACAAACUAUUACUUAUUCUCAGUCGUUCAAAGUUUGAAAACAUUGAAUUUAAACAAGGUGUACCCACUUUGUAGUAACAUGUUGGAUCCAUUAUGUAGGGUGAAAAUAUAGAACUGGUUUUCAGGUAUGAAGUGAUCAGGUGAGUGACCUGUUAUGUGAUACCCAGUUGUAAAAAUUUGAAGGUUAUAGAAGGAGAAUAGUACUGUAUACUUCAAGAAGUAUUUGCUGAUGUUAGGAGUGCCAAGGAAGCAAGAUUAUUAGAUCACUGUGAAUGUGCUCAACAAUGUCAGUUAUCGUUAUAUUGUGAUAAUCCUCAAUUUUAUGAUAAUAAAGAUACAUCAUACAUCA